AAUGAGAAAUUUGAGCCAGUAUUUUGUGACUUAAGAUUAGAGACUAUAUUGUGAAUGUCACAAAUUGAGACUACAAAACUUGUAAUUAAUUGAAUAAUGUUACGGGAAAAUGUUUUACUAAUUUUUACAUGAAAUAGUUAACGUAAGUGUUUAGUUUGCAAUUUACAAGUUUUACGAACCAAGGUGGCGGUUAUAAUGCUAUUUGUGUUUGUAACAAUUGUCACAACGUAUACCAAGCAAAAAAUAUUAAAUACUUUUUGUAAUCUUGUAUUCUGUUAAUCCCGUUAAAACAGUGACUACAGAAUGCUUACCGAAUUGCGCGAUAUUUGUAAAUACGCAGACAAUCCAGUGACAAUUGAAUUGAUUAAAUAUUGAUCUCUAGUCUGAACGCAAAUUAUUUGUCAAUACCAACUCUGUUCUUUAAGUGAGUAGAGUGACAGUAGUUUUUCGACGAGAGGAAAUUACAAUUUGUUCGUAUGUGUAUGGAAUUGCUGCAGCCUGUGUUCUUUCCGUCUCCGUCGAUCAGACGCCCAGCAUCAAAUUUAACAGAGGAAGAACAAGUGAAAAUUGCAAAGCGAAUCGGAUUAAUCCAACAUCUCCCAAUCGGCACCUACGAUGGAUCAAAAAAAAUACGCGAAUGUGUCAUUUGUAUGAUAGAUUUUUGUGUUGAUGAGGCAGUGCGAUAUUUGCCUUGCAUGCACAUAUAUCAUGUUCACUGUAUUGAUGAUUGGCUUAUGCGUAGUCUAACUUGCCCCAGCUGUAUGGAACCGGUAGAUGCAGCACUUCUAACAAGCUAUGAAACAUCAUAACGUUGAUUUGAUAAAGCCUUUAUAUGUGGUUGGAAUGAUGCUUCUUAUUUUAACUAUACUAUUGAAAAAUAUUAUUUUGUUGGCACGUAAAACUAUUUAUAUCGAUAUUUAAAAAUAUAUAGGUAUUACAGCACGCAAACUAGUUUAAAUAUAAUAUAAAUUUUUUUUUUACAAAAUUUUACUUCGGUUGAAUAUGAAGGCAAUUGUACAAUAUACACGUGUAUUGUUUUUAUCAAAUAUAAUUUUUCUAAUGUUAAAGCUAAAAUAUGUAUGUCUAAACCAUUUAAAAAGUUUAUAUAAGCGAAAAUCUCUAGAAAAAUGUGUAAAUGGUAGGCUCGUUUUUUUGUAUAUACAAAAUAAAUAUUGUGAUGAAAAUAAAAUAAUCGAAUAUGAUAUACAUAGGUAAACAAGUAUAGAAGACAUCAAAAGGGGGAAAAAAACAGCGUUUCACAUAAAGUAUUUUGUAAUUAUACUUUUUUCCGAGUUGCCGAUAAUAGGCAAAAUGUAUUAAGUAUGUAUGAGUACAUAUGCAAACACUUAUUUCUCUAUAGCAGAAUAUAAGUAUCUGCAUAUUGCGCAAUGUCUUUGUGUUUACAUAUAUGUAUCUUAUUAGUAAUCUCCAAUUAGAAAUCUUAAUAUAGUUUUAAGAAGAAAGAUAUAAGGCAAUAAAUAUAUUCAUGUGAUAGUUUUUUAAUAUAUUGAAGAAAUGAGUUUUAAGCCGUAAACGCUGGAUAGCAGACGCUGCUAUGUUCUAAGUUAAACACCCUUAAACAUCAAAUGGAUUAUUUUGAUUACGUAAAACUUUAAUUGUUACUAUCUUUGUACUUUUUUCCCUUCACUGAAAUAAAAGCUGGUAUAACGGCUCUAUGUUA